UUUAAUCCCUUCACCAAUACUGCUUAUGUAGCUGUCUACCACUCUCUCAUUACACACCUUUGUAUCACACUAUCACACUUUUGUUCUGGCUCUCUUUAUCAUCUCUUUGGUUUUAUCACCUGGCCCUCUCCAAUUACUUCCUCUUCCUAUCCAUCUUUCUAGAAAGAAAGGAACAGAGACAAUGCAAGAGAAUGGGGAUGCUUUACUCUUACAAGGAUCAAGACAAUCUUUCUGGCCUUUAUAAAAUGCACCCAGUACACUCUAUAAAGUGGUUGGUGAUAGGAAAGGCUUCCAGCUGUAGAACCAUGCCAAAACUGGAGUACACAAAUGAAAUCUAGUCCCUGACCAAUCUUGGAAAGUAGUAACUCUAAAUAUAAACUGAGUUGGACCAUGAUAGCCUGUCCAAAGCAUACCUAUUUUGUGGCUGGAUGUUGUUAUCUCUUAUCUGUUUUUAAGUAAUGGAUUUUUUAUUCCAUUUGUUUGAAACUAUGAAGAACUACUGGACAUAUUGUUUGUUGAGAAUGUUGUCACCCUUUUGCUCAGCCAAUGCCAUGAAAAAAAAACCUGGAAUGCAAACAGCCACAUAAUACACUGCAAUGGUCAUUGGUUGGGACAAGGCUAUAGCAGAAGAUACUUGCCAAAGGUACCGUGCAGUGAAAUAGACUCAAAAGUACAUGGUUAUCAAACAAAUUCCAUAGCAAACAAUCAUACUUGAUGAUGGUGUGUGUACAUAUCUCACACUGAAGCAUAUUUCAAAAGUUGUAAAGACUAGCAGUUGAUAAAUCACUGCUUCCAAAAUACUUUGUAAUAUUUGUCCUCAUUGAAUUGUGAAGAUAUCUCUUUGUCACUCAUUCCACUGAAAUAAGUUGUUAGGAACCUGCAAAAUGUUUUUCUCCACAAAAUGCAAUAUAGAAUUUAAAAAUGAAAAAAUAAAAAAUAAUGAUCUUAGUGCAGUUAUGCACAUCACAACCAGACAUUUCCUCUUCUUUGAGAAUCUUCAUGGCCUCAUUUUAAAGAAAAAAAAUAUUCAAUCACCUUGGGCUGAGGUGGAACUCCUCAGGAACUGCUACAGUUGCUUUGGAAGGGAAAAUUUGCUACAUGACGACACAUACUCUCCAACUCAGCCUAAAGUACCCACUUCGUCAAUUCCACUCAGUUUUAUGCCUUGUGAGCUUGUUAUCAAUGAAAGAAAAAGUUGGGAAGAUAUUGGCAAGGUACCAAAUCCCUGGGAUUCUGCCUCUAGUUGCAAUAAUCAAGAUUUAACUGGCUGUACAGGUUUCAUGGAGAUAUACAUUUGUUAUCACUGUGAAAGAGAAUUCACUAAUAAAGAUGCAAUGCGCAUUCACCAAAAUGCCUGCAGUCACCGUCCAGAUAAUCAGCCUGGUAUGCGAACUCCUCCGCCCCCACCAGCUCCCUCUUGUUCCUCCAAAAAGCUGCUAUUACAUGCAGGACAACCUGUACGGCCAGUUACAAGUUUGUUGAAUGAGGAUGAUUCCCAGAAAUCUACAAAAGAAGGUUUCUUAAAAUAUUUCCAGUUGGUCCAAACUCACAAAGCUGAGAAAAUUAAAUCUGACAAAUUAAAACUGGGACAGAAUACAGAUGUUGACUGCCAAAUAAUUGAUGUUGAACCUCGGGACUCUGUUCAGCAAACUUCUCCACGCACUCCAAAGUCCCUGAUCUCCCAGCUAAGUCGGGAAGCAGAGCCUGGACUCCAUCGGAAACGCUUGUGUCCGACAAAUACAGAAGAAAGUGAUGGUGACAGUGGCUAUAGCACCACUGGAAAUGGAGUUGAAGAGAUCGAUACUUUCAAGAAGAGUUCCAAAACCAAUUCAUUGCUUUGUAUUGACAUUUCAUCUCUACUUGGCUUGCGAAUUCAGAAGCAUGUCAAGGCAGAAACCACACUGCAAGCUCUGCCUGAUAUUGAACAGUAUUGUAAAACUCCAGAAAAAAAUGAUGCUUUAGAAAGACUACGUAGCAGACCAAUUACGUAUCCAAUUACUUUUAGAAACUCUAAAAAAAUUAACACAAAAUAUAGUCAUGAAUACAAAUUUACUAAAGCUCAAAGGAAAGAAUUUAUGAAACUUGUUCAGACGGGACUGAAUAAACAGAGUCGCAUGCUUAAACGCAGUUUAAAGAUGUGUAGUGUGCGUCUUCGCCGAUUAGAUGAAGAGGAGAUUAAGAAAUGGACAGCUCCUAAAAGGGACGCUCGUGUAAACAUCCAGCCUUUGACACAUGAUCAAAUUCUUUUAUGGACUUCUAAACGAGAGUACUUGAAGGACUCUCAAAACAUUACUAGCAUGUAUCCUUGGUCUCCUCAAAAGUUUUCUAAAUCUUUUCCACCUAAUAGACAAUCUACACCAGUUCGUCGAAUAGGUUAUCAUUAUUACAAAAUUGGUAGUCCUGUACAUAAAAAAGUACGAAAAUUGCCUCAUCCAAUGACAGUCUAUAAGAGUGUGUUCUCUGCCGAUUCUACCUCGAAACCCAAAUCUCUUCCUGGGGUUCAUCAGUUUGUUCCCUCAGUAAAACAUCCCCUAUCUGACUCUCACCCAUUCCCAAUGAGGCAUUCUGCAGAAUUGUCUAGAUUCUUAACUAAUCAUCAUGCUCCUCCUAAAUUAGACCAAACUUCUCAACAUUAUAGGAACCCUUAUAAACCUAUUAAAUCAUUAAACACUGAACCCAUCAGUUCUCAACCUUACAUCAACCUUUCCAACAGUCCUGUCACCACACAGUUUCUUAUGAAAUGUAUUCCUCCAGAAACUCAAAACUGUCCAUCGUCGUCAUCGCUAAUGAUGAUACCAGUUAGUGGAGACUCUUCCGCAAACAUUGCACAGGAGCAAGCCAACAUAGAAAUUGCUGCUAAUCAUGGAUUGCCCUCAUCUCAUAGUGUUGUACCCAACUCUCAAGAACCAUUGAAGCUUGUAAUCAAAUCACAAGCAAACACACCAAAUGUGAAUGAAGCAGGGGAUGACAAUGUGUCUAUCCACACCAUAUCUUCAGAUUCUGAAGAUGACGAACAGACAUGGAUUACUCGUUGUACAAUAUGUAGGUGUGGUCCUUGUCAGUGUCCACCUGAUGCCUGUUUUAGGUUCCCUCCCUCUCAUAUGCAGUCCAUUCCUCACUUUCAAGUACUUGAUCACAAUAAUCCACGCAUUAAUGACCAGAACAUUAACAAUACAAACAUUAAUGCUGUUGAGAACUCACCAAUGCGUGUCAUUGUAAACUACAACAAACAGAAUCAGAACAUAAACUAUUCCGAUAGCAACAAUUACCUGUCCAAUGCAUGUGAUCAACAGGUGAGUCCAAAGCAUGUGUAUGCCCCAAUUAUUAAAUCUGUUGGUCAUCAUGAGAAGCAGGUGCUGAAGCAGUUCCAUUCAGGGAGUCCUGACAUAUGCACAAGUAGUCCACUCAAAGUUAUCAAUCGUGUCGAGCAGUCUCAUAACCCUAAACACUAUGCCAAUGAUCUGGUAGGGAGCCAGCCAGAGACAACUGUAUCUCAUAAUAAACAUUUCAAUCAACAAAGGACUAAAAAUUGGCAUAGUGCUUACAAUAGUAACAAAAUCAGAAUUCAAAGGGUUGGUCAAAGCCCAAGAGCUAAUGAUUUAGAUGAGGAUGAUGACAUCCAGAUUCUAGAAGAAGUCAUCUGUAUAGAUUAAAAAACAAAAUUGUUUUGGGUGGGGGUGAAUGUUACAAAAUUGCUAACAUAUGGAAAAAAAAAUGUAGGAAAUUUACAGAACUCUGUUUUAGUAGUUUGUCUACUUUCCUACUGGUGUUUAUAAGGAAAUACAGCUUAUCUGGUCCAAUUUGGUACUGGAUGUCAGCUAUUGUGUGUGUAAGUAUGCAUGCAUGUUUCCAUUUUGGAGCAGUCACUAAACAGGAAUGUCUCCAGCGAUGUAAUUUUUAGAGAGCUGAAGAAGAAAUGUUCUUUAUGAAAAACAAAAUAAAAAGUAUAUGUAUAAAGAGAAACCAAAAAAAAAAAAAAAAAUUCACAAAUAUUGAUUGUUGUAAAUAGAAACAUUAAUACUGGAGAAGACAUCUAAUCUUACCUGGUCUGACACUCAUGUUUCAUUCUCAUGUGCAUAAAUCCUGAGGCUAGUAUUUUCCACAUCUCAUUCAUAUCACAUGCUCAUCACUGCUCCCCACCAAAAAUAAAUUUUUAAAUUCUGAAUUUUAGAGUUAAUGUGAUUUAGAGAUAAAUAAUUGAUAGAAAGGUACAGUGGUUGUAUCUCUCUCUCUUUUUCUCUCUCUCUCUCUCUCUCUCUCUCUUUUUUUCCAACCACCUUCCAAAUUGCGUAUACAAUUGUGAAAGUUAAUGUGACUGUACAUGUAUGUGUGUGUAAAUAAUGUGGUUUUUAUGUUAUUUUAUUUAAACAGUCUUGCCUCCCCCUUCCCACCGUAAUUUCUUUUAUAAUUCCUUUGAUCUUCUCCACAGGAAUUAAAUAUCUUUUUUUUUUAUACACACUCAGUAGAGUUAAAAUUCUUUAUUAAAAAAUGUACAUUUGGGAAUGAACAUCUAUAUUCAUAGAAAAAUCUUUGAUAAAAGCCCUUAGACUGCUAAGGAAAUUACAUAUUUGCACUAAGUGCAAAAUUGUUUUUAAAUUAAAACAUUUUCCUCCUCCCCUUCAAUAUAUAUUUUGAUUUUUCUUUAUUUUACUUGUUUAAAAUUGGUCUUUAUUUUUGAAGUAAUGGACAGUUAAGAAUUCAUUUAUAUAAAACAUUUGAAAUAGAUUUGGGUCACGGCUCAUAAUCCCAGAACAUUGCAUAUGAAUUAUGUCAGUCAUGCUCACGUAAAAGACAGACUAAUUUCCAAAAUAGAGGAAUCAGUAUUUUGAAAAUUUGCUUCCCAUCAAGUCCAGGGCUAAAAUGUGCUUCCAUAUUGUAACCCUGUUCUAUUUUAACUUGCUUGAACUGUCAUUGAAUGUUGGUGCAGUUUGUAAUCAAAGACAGAAAUAAAAACCUGAAGAGUUUCGGUUGUCUUCUGUCACUUACGCUCCACUAUUCAAAAAUGUAUUGACUAGAAAAUACCCCCAUCCCCCAUGUGACACUAUGCACCUACAACUAAACAGUCUUCUGUAUCAUUAGAAAUUCACUCCGAUUUAAUGAUUAGUUUUCUGUCAGGGAUUAUGCAUAUGUUUGUUUAUGGCUGUAGGUGUUGUUGAAUAACUCCAGUCAGUUCCAUUCAAGCAAGCUUCUCGAUCAGGGAUAUCGAUUGUAAUUUAUUGAUAGUCUUCUGAUCCAGGAUAUCAUAUACAUUCUAUAAUCUAGUCUGGUUUCACUACACUUUCUUUCAUAGCCUGGGAUUGGUGUUGUAUCAUACAUUCAACUUACUGUCCGGCCUGUAUUUGUAUGCCUGGAGGGUUUAGUGAUGACUAGGUUUGCUUAUGUGUAGAGAAAAUAUACUGGUUGCUUUUAUAUAAUAGAUGCAUCUUUAUAGUCAUUGUCAGUGUCACUUUCCAGAUUCUGCCCUGGUAUAAUUUAUGGUAAUAUUGACUUGUUUAUUCUGUAAUAUCAAACUAAAGGCCAAAAUUAUCAUUGACCAGGUUAACAAAAUGGUUAAAUAGCUUAACAGUUUUUAGUCUGUUUCUUUUUUAUGCAAGUAAUUAACCCCAGCACCUUUUUUUUCCCCCCAGCCAAAGUUAUGUAGAAAGUUUUAACUAUUUAAAAAAUUUUUUGCUUUGUACCCAAAUACAAUCAAAUUGUUGGUUUUUUUAUUGUAAUUUAUAAUUUUUAGUUAGACAAAACGAUUGAUUUCUAUAAAUGAAAGAAUUUUUCACAGAUUUUUUUUUUAUGGAGAGGAAAUGAAACAAGAAGAAAAAAAAAAAGAUGGGGGGUAAAAGGCCAGUGUUCACCUCUAAUUGUCCUUGCCAUUCAUUGUGAACUUUGAGGUUGGAACCAUCCUAAAAGUUUCCCUUCUUGUGUGAGGGGAAAAUAGCUGUUAGUGAUAAGGAUUUCUCCUAUGGAUAGAUCCACUUUGAUCAUUGUCAUUUGCCAGAAUAUCAUUCCUGUCUCUGUUAACAACAGAAAAUAUUUUACAUAUUGUUUAUACUGAACAGCUGAACCAGUGAUUCAGUGUGAUAUUGAACAAAAAGCUUCUGACAAAGACGAAUUGAUACAACCAUUUUAAUAACUUUUUUUUAAUCAUUUUAUAUUAUGUGUAAAAUGACACCAAGCCCACAAAUCCAGUGUGAUUUUUUUUUAAAUGCUUACUUUAGAGUAGUUCUUUAUAAACUUGAACAGAAAUAACAUGAACAAUCUGGUGGAUAGUGGUUUUUGUUAAUUUAAUAGAAACAUUAAUUAUUAUCAGAAAUUAAGGGGAGACUGUAUUUCAUCAGUUGAUCUUAAUAGAUCUUUGAUAGAUUUUUCUGAACUCACUUUAACUUAAUAGAUUCUGUGUUGUGUCCAUAUUUAAGGCACUUUAUUCUUCCUGCCUAAUUAAGAAACUUACUUACAGAUUCGAUAGAGGAUCAAACAAAAUACCUUGUGGUAUUUAGCUUUACUUCUUAUAUCAAAUUCUACUAUUGGUUGACUUUGCCUUCCAUCCUUCCAGGGUCAGAAAAAUUCAGUUAUUCCCUUCCCCACCAAAUCUGAGGCCUUGUGCCUUUGUUAAAUAUUGUUAGGGUAGUAGAUUGGCAGGACUGUUAGCUAUUGGGAGGGAAAUGCUUUACAUUCUGAGUUUGAAUCCCACUGAGGUCAAUAAAACACAGUACCGGUCAAGCACUGGGUUCAGUUUAAAUGACUAAACCCCUCCCCUCAAAAUUGUUGGGCUUUGUGCCUAAAUUAGUAACACUAAAUAUUGCAUUGAAGUUGGAAGAAAUUGUAGAACAUGAUUACAGUAUUUGGUCUUGUUCCUUUUAGGUUCUGAGUUCAAAUCUCACCAGGGUUGACUUUGCUUUUCAUCACUUUGAGGUUGAUAAAAUAAGUACCAGUUGUAUACUGGGUCAGUUCAAUUGAUUAUGUCCCUCUCCUUACAAACUUGUGGCUUCAUGCUGAUACGUUUCUUCCGGCUUCACAUCGUGGUUAAUUUUUACCUUUCAUCCUUUUGGGGUUGAUAAAAUAGGUAUCCAUUGAGCACGGGAUCGGGGAAGGUCAAUGUAAUCAACUAGCCCCUCCCCUCCCCACAAAAUUUCAGGCCUUGUGCCUAUAGUAGAAAGAUUAUUAUUAUUAUUAUUAUUAUUGUUAUUAUUAUUAUUACUACUACUACUACUAUCGCCAGUACCACCACCACCAUCACUCCCUUCCCAUUAUCAUCGUCAUUAUUAUCAUCAUCAUUAUCUUCAUUCUUAUUUAAUUUGCAAAAUUCUACAUUAUUUCAUUGAGCUUCUCUCCAGAAAUACACUGCUUUAAACAAAAUAAAAUCCCAGGUAUAAUGGGUGACAACUCCAGGUGUAUAUGUUACCAAUGAUGGGUUGUGUUAAUAUAUGGACUUCAAACUCAUGAAUGAGAAACCUUGUCAAAUAGUUUUGACUGUAUGUAGAUCGUGCAGGUGGAGUAGGACACAUGUGAGGAAAUAAAUAAGAAUGAGCUGAGUAACAUUUGACAAGAUUGAUAAGAAAACAAUAAAUGAGAUCCAAUCAACUUUUUCUACUGAUGUUAAUGUUUUUGUUGAAUAUCUUUUGUAUAUAUAAAUAAACUGCUUUAUUAGCAACUUCUUGCA